GAGUUGGCUGGGUAAGUCAUAACCAAUGCGAGGUGAACCAGAGGAGUAAUUUGUUCUUAAUCCUUACACACGAAAGAAGAAGAAGAAAUGCCAUAAAGAGAGUCUGGUAGUUUGCUUAAAUUUUCUUUUGAAUUUUGUAACGGAUGGAUAAACAGUGCAACCUUAACAAAGAUGAGCUCAUAGCUGCUGUUAUGGCUGCUUGUUCUGCGGGAAUGUUAAGCAUGAUUGCAUGGUAUUUGACCGGUGAGCUUGUGGAUGAGGCAGAGACUACUGGUGAGCAUAUGACAGGGGAUGAAGAGGUCAAUCUUGGUGGCAUAGAGGAGGGCAUGGAAGCAUCAUCAGAGCAAACCAAAGCUCCUCCAGAUUCUUCAUUACACUCUGGUGGGAAUCUGAACAAGAUCCAUUCCUCCCAUCAUAUCAUGGAGACAAUGAAUUCAGUGGCUGCAAACCUUGGCAAAAUUGCUGAAGCAUUAGACCGAAACAACAAAUUAAGCAUAGACAACUUGUAUAAUGAGAUUAUGAAGAUCCAAGAUUUCGAUGAUGAACUUCUUGUGGAAGCCCUUGAGUAUGUUGCUUCUGAUGACAAGAAGGCCAUGACAUUUCUCACUUUGAAUGAAAAGAGACGAAAAAAUUGGUUGUUAAAGCAUUUACGUGGUCAAAGUUGUUAAAAUGCUUGUAUUAGUGUUGUUUAUGUGCAUGUAUUGAACAUUUUCAAUGACUUUUGAGGAUGAUA